AGUGUUAUUUGGCUUUUGCAUUGUGAGUGCUCCAAUCUAAUUUGUUUCUCUCUACCUUUCUGUUCCGUCUCUCAGCAUUUUCUCCCUCUCCCUGGCUGUCGGUUAAAUCAAUGGCUUUUCUACGGAGUAGCAGCGCUCAUGAAAUAUUAACCUUGGUUCUCCUCGCUGCCUCCUUGACCGAUAUAUCUCAGUGCAUCAGAAUCCCGGAUCGGACUUCGGAAGCGGCGAGGGACCCACCAAACAGCCAGACCUUGAAAAGCGCGGUCUUUGCUCUCGGGAGCUUCUGGAGAUCCGAGGCCGUAUUCGGAUGCUUGAACGGCGUCGUACGGACCACCGUCGGAUACGCUGGCGGAUCCAAAUCGAACCCAGAGUACCGAAGCUUUGGCGACCAUGCCGAGUCCGUCCAGGUUGAAUAUGAUCCCAGGCUAAUUAAUUUCAGACAACUUUUGGAGGUUUUUUGGUCUAGUCAUGAUUCUAGGCAGGUAUUUGGGCAAGGCCCUGAUGUGGGUAACCAAUACAGCAGGUCUAUUAUUUUCACGAAUGGAAAUGAAGAAUCUAGAUUGGCUGCAAUAAGCAAAGAGAGAGAGCAAACAAAGUCAAAAAGCAGCAUUGUGACUACUCAGAUUCAACAGCUUAGAACAUUUUAUCCUGCAGAGCCUGAACAUCAGAAAUUUGAGCUCAAACGAAAUCCUUUCCUUCUUCAGCUAAUUGGGAACCUGCCAGAAGUGGAGCUUGAACGGUCAAGUUUGGCAGCAAAAUUAAAUGGUUAUGCAGCAGAGCUUUGCCCUCCUAGAGUGCAGAAGCAGAUUGAUGCAAAGAUAGAUGACAUCAUGAGAAAAGGUUGGCCCAUUUUGAGAGAAGUGUAGCUCGCUUUUUUGGGUUAUAACUUCAGAUCAAUAUUAUUGGACAAACUCUCACACUGACGCAACAAAUUAACACUGAUUUGCUUGUGCGAGUUGUGUUGUAAAUCACAAGCUGUGGGGAAGACAGGCAGCCGACUGAGUUCACUGAUUCAACCAAGAGAUCUUUAGAUGAUGGGGAUUUAAACUUAAGAUUUCAGAUUAUGUGAUGGUCGUUCGGCUGGAAAUCUUUGGUGUAAUUAUCAUGAGUAUCUCUCUUUUUUUCCAGGCAGUUUCUAGUUUCUGAGACAUAAGUUAGUAAGAUGAGAUGAGAUGGUUUUAGAUGAAAGUUAAAAAUUGAAUACAAUAUUGUUAUAAUGUUAUUUUUCAAUACUA